UAGCCACCUUCAUAUGUGAAGGCUUGAUAUGAACAACAAACGUUCAGCAUGGAGGAAGAGCAUGGCGGAGUAGUGGUCAAGGGAAGGGCUGUUAUCGACACUCGACCGCCAUUUCGGUCUGUUAAAGAGGCUGUUACAUUGUUUGGGGAAAGAGUACUUGUCGGGGAGAUUUAUGCCAAACAACUUAGUCAGUUGGAAUCAUCGAAGAUCUCCUCAGCUAAAGAAAAUGUUGGAAUUAAAUUAGGAAACGUGUCAACGGAAUUAGAAGAAACGAAACAAAACCUACAAAAAGCAAGAGAAGAAGGGAAUUACAUGGCAAAUUGCCUAAAGUCAUUAAAAGAACAGUUAGAAGAAACAAAGAGGGAGCUUCAAAAUCUGAAAUCUACAAGAGAUUAUGAUGAUGUUAAGGAGCAUCAAAAAGCAAUUAAUCCAGACGUUGAAGAAUUCAAGUAUGUUGAGAAUAAACCUGAUAAUGUUGAUGAAGUUGAAAAGAAAAGGUUUGUAACAUUUGCAAGUCCACCAUCUCUAACAAGAGAAAUCAACCAAAACCCUAACAAUGUUCAUACAAACAAGUUGGGAAGAACUUCUUUCAGAAAACAAGGAAAGAAAAAACCAAUGGUUGCUAUUAUGGGAUGGCUUUUUCAAAAGAAAAAUAAAAGUUAUGAAGUUCAACAGGAUGCUAAUCGUUCUCCUAAAGUUUAAAGAUCAUUAUAUGAUUACGUUUAAAAAUAAAGAAUUCGUCCAGUGGUUGAAUAUUUUAUCUUUCAGUUAUAUGACAAAAAUUGAUUUCGGGAACCUAAAAAGGAUAAUAUCUCCUUUCAUUUUGGCAGUAUGAGAUUCUAUCAAAAAAUAUUCAAAGGUCAAAAAUGACUUUAUUUUGACCAUGUUAGUAGUAAUAAGUAAAUAAAUGUACAUUAUCCAAAAUUCAGAUUAGGUUCAAAAAUAAAAGAUUUAGAUGGGUGCUACAAAUGCAUGUAUUAUGAUUCUUUAUAUACAUUUUCGCAAUAUUGGU